UGGAUCCUGUGCCAGCGGAGGAGUCGGCAGUGGACGACUUUGCCGUCUGCUUGUUGAUGUUGUUGGGUUAUGUGCCUCGAACCAGGAUCGCGCGCACGCGGGCCGACAUCCCACUUGCCAUCUGCGGAGAGCAACGUCACGCGAAGACCGGUGUUUGCAUUAUAGAUUCGGACGAUGAUAUCCUACUCCUGGUUCAGGAGGAUAAACGUCACAAAGACCGUAAGAAUCCGGAGCCACAGCUCAUAGCAGAGGCGAUCGCCGCGUUUCAGACCAAUAACGCCAGACGAACGCGUAUUCUCGGUCAAGAUGCCAUCGACGCCAAGGUGAUACCAGGCAUUACCUUGGUAGGCUCAUCGCCGAUCUUUUACAAGAUUCGUGUCACCACGGAGCUUGCGCAGGCAGUCGAGCUGGGGCGCUUUCCCGCCACACCAACCGUCGUGUAUGCCCAUCUUCCUGUGGUAUCUCGCCCCGCUCGCCGUCUCAGUGAGGGUAUGAAACCUCUGGACAACAGGGGCCACAUUCUUGCCUGUUACGAGGCCUUUAAGCAAUUCGUGAAUUGACGGUCCAGAUUCUGGUGGCUUGAUGUGACAGACGGCUUACAGUCAAGCGGUUAGGACUAGCUUAGUUAUAGAUCUUAGGUUCAUUAGCCCGGUGUAGGGGCUUCAAAUUAUUGUAAAGCAUGGGUUAAUGUUGUCGCAAGUGAUUCUGGUACAGUAAGUUUACAAAUGACACUUUCGGAUACUGUAUUGGAGUGGCCAAGCCAGGCGCCAACUGUUGCAAAUAGUCCCUCCUAUUCGUUAAAGCGUUCCUGGUCAGGAUUCAGCAGAUCAGGCAUUCGGUCCCGGAGCUGGAGGCGCUGCUUGAGCUCAUUCCCUUUCCCCCAGACCGAUAGGAUUAUGCAUCUUUAAUGCUCGUGAGGUUUUGUGGGCUGGCUAGAAACUGUAGAACUCGCCUUGACGCAUAAUCACACAUCCGGAACA